GUCCGUAUGGGAACUGGAUUGAAAGCUGUUCUUGUAUCUUUGUUUCUUUCAUCACUGCUGUUUCCUCUGGCAUUUUCUGCAUCCAAUGAUGGCUUGGUUAGAAUAGGCCUGAAAAAGAUGAAGUUUAAUCCAAAUAACAGCCUUGCUGCGCGGCUUGAGUCGAAGGAAGGGGGGGCUCUUAGAGCUUCCAUUAAGAAGUAUAAUCUUCGUGCAAACAAGGGAAUCUGGGAUGUUGUCAUUGUAGCACUGAAGAAUUAUAUGGAUGUUCAGUACCUUGGUGAGAUUGGUAUUGGCACUCCCCCACAAAAAUUCACUGUAAUGUUUGACACUGGAAGCUCUAAUUUGUGGAUACCAUCAUCUAAAUCUAAGUGCUUUGUCUUGGUAGGAUACUUUAUGCCCAUGUUAUCCAUAAAAAGGAAACUAGAUGAAUUGCUUCUGAGAAUUUCUACGUUACUAUGCUGUGCAGGAAAGUCUGCUGAACUUGACUACGGAUCUUUUAACGUUUCUGGAUUUUUCAGUGAGGAUCAUGUCAGAGUUGGUGGCCUAGUUGUGAAGAAUCAGGUAAUUGAAAUCAGCUUUCUUCACUUCUGGUCAGUUGGAUGUGUUAAUUCACUUGCUUAUAACUAUUUGUCUCAGGAAUUUACCGAGGCAACCAGGGUGCAGAGUCUCACAAAUGACGAGUUUGAUGUGUUCUUGGACUGGCGUUCCAAGAGAUCUCAGUUGGAGUGCUGUCCCUGUGUGGUACAACAUGGUCAAACAAGAUCUUGUAAAGGAGCAGGUAUUCUCAUUUUUGGCUUAACAGAAACGAGAAGGAAGAAGAGGGUGGUGAAAUUGUCUUCGGUGGGGUUGAUCCAAAUCACUACAAGGGUACACACACAUAUGUCCCAGUUACACAGAAAGGUUAUUGGCAGUUCGAUAUUGGCGACGUUCUUGUUGGUGGUAAACCAACUGGUAUGCACUUUUUCAUUGACUAUUACAAGUUAUUGUGGCUCUGGUUGUUCUGCCAUUGCGGAUUCUGGAACUUCUUUUUUAGCUGGUCCAAAGGUAUGUAUAGGUAAGCAGCAAAGGUGUCUUUAUGUUCCUACACAUCAAGCUUCCUGUUUACUAUCCAGUUCCAUUUGCAUGAUGACUGCAAUCGAUGGGAUAAAUCAUGCUAUUGGAGCCUCUGGAGUUGUCAGUCAGGAAUGCAAGGCAGUUGUUCAACAGUAUGGGCAACAAAUAAUGGAUUUGCUUUUGGCACAGUCUCAACCAAAGAAGAUAUGCCCAAAAAUUGGAUUGUGCACCUUUGACGGAACCCAUGGUGUCAGGAUGGGCAAUGGGAGUGUGGUUGAUGGCCAGAAUGGUGGAAAUUCAGCUGGUCGUCGUGACGCUAUGUGCAGCACUUGUAAAAAGGCAGUUGCGGGAUGCAAAAUCAGCUUAGACAGAACCAGACAGAAGAUCGUACACUGA